AUGAAUAAAGCCGAUACCUCGGCGGAAGCCGCCUCGCCGAACGUGGCCAUCCACGUGGACCAGUACAUAGAGCCAGACGAGGAACGUUCCAAGCUUCUUAUUCCACAGUCACAAACAUCGAAUGUGACGCCAUCUGGGCAGAUGCGCAAAGUUAAGAGCUUCACCGAUACACACAGAAUUCGUGAUGUGAGUGCCGCUUCUGGUGCAGCAUCUGCACGAUGCUUACGUCCCUACGAACAAGUGACUCCGUAUCCCGAAGGUUCCGAAAGUGGAACCAAUCAAUAUGGUGCUCCAUCUGUUCGAUCUCUUGCAUCAAUCGGCAUGGGAUGCACAGACGGCCGUAAGAUGGUUAUCAGAAGAGUACCAACAUCACCUACAGAGUUGUUCCACUUAGUACGUCCUCCUACACCUCCAGACGAAGAUACAGCAUCACACGAGAGCGACUGCGACGAAGAAGAGGAAGACGACGAAACGGUACAUCUGAAACCACGACGACCUUUCUGGGCCAAUAAGAUACAGUUCGUGCUAGCCUGUGUUGGUUACUCCGUUGGUCUCGGAAAUGUAUGGCGCUUCCCAUAUCUCUGCUACAAAAGCGGUGGUGGUGCUUUCCUGAUACCUUACUUCAUAAUACUGAUUGUAUGCGGCGUACCCAUGCUUUUUAUGGAAUUAGCUGUGGGUCAAUACACGGCGCACGGCCCUAUUGGCGCGCUUUCACAAAUAUGCCCACUAUUUAAAGGUGCCGGACUGGCAAGCGUGGUGAUCUCGUUUUUAAUGUCCACGUAUUACGCCGUAAUAAUAGCAUGGGCCAUAUACUACUUCUUUACGUCGUUCAAGUCUGAAGUUCCAUGGGCCAGCUGUUCAAAUCGUUGGAACAAUGCACAAUGUUGGGUCCCGUUCCAUAACCAUACUAAACCCAAUGGUUCGCAAACACCCACCGAACAAUUUUUCGAGAAAAAGGUUUUAAACAUGAGUGAUGGCAUUGAAUUCCCUGGUGGCAUGAGAUGGGAAUUGGCGGCCUGUUUAGUAUGCGCGUGGGUAUUAGUGUAUUUCGCCCUUUGGAAAAGUAUCAAAUCCUCUGCCAAAGUUCGUUACAUCACUACAACACUACCAUUUCUUUUAAUUAUCGUUUUCUUGGGGCGAUCGCUGACGCUGGAUGGCGCUGAUAAAGGGCUAAGAUUCUUCUUUAAGCCAGAUUGGGAACUUCUUAAGCAAUCUAGGCCGUGGGUUAACGCAGCUUCUCAAAUUUUUAAUUCAAUCGGCAUUGCUUUUGGCUCUAUGAUCAUGUUUGCAUCAUACAACCGCUUCGAUAACAAUUUUCUUCAUGAUACUGUAGCGGUAUCUUUAGUAAAUGCAAUAACAAGCCUCAUUGUAGGAAUAUUUACAUUUGCCACGAUUGGAAAUAUAGCAUUUGAACAGAAUACUGGUGUCAAGGACGUCAUUGCUGAUAGUCCUGGUUUAUUAUUUGUUGUAUAUCCUCAAGCUAUUGCUAAGAUGCCAGCACCACAAUUAUGGGCAGUACUGUUCUUUUUUAUGUUUUUGUGCUUGGGUCUCAACAGUCAGUUUGCUAUUGUCGAAGUAGUGGUUACUUCAAUACAAGAUGGCUUUCCUGACAUGAUACGUAAACGACUCGUGUAUCAUGAAUUGUUGGUUUUAUGUGUGUGCAUUAUCUCCUUAGUAUUCGGGAUACAGCACAUUAUUAGAAGCGGCAUAUACGUAUUUCAACUUAUGGACUACUAUGCAGCAUCCCUUAGCAUUACAUAUUUAGCAUUUUUCGAAGUGGUUGCCAUUGCUUGGUUUUAUGGCGUAGGCAGAUUAUCACGAAAUAUUAAACAGAUGACAGGUCGUUGUCCAUCUUUCUACUUUCGCUUCUGUUGGCUGGUGGCCUCACCAGCGUUAUUGCUGGCUCUUUGGGUAGCCAGCCUUGUCGACUACACACCACCCAGCUAUCGACAUUACCAGUACCCAGCGUGGGCACAAUUCCUCGGUUGGACAAUAGCUUCAAUGUCGUUACUAUGCAUUCCAGUGUAUGCUGUCGUCGUAAUUAUAAGAUCACCAGGGAACACUUGGAGAGAAAAAUUCCGUAACUCAAUACGCCCAACAUCAAUGUGUGAUUGUGGCGUCAACGGUUGUGAAAUAUGCUGCUCGGAUUCCGAACCUCCUGAUGACAAAACAACAAUAAACUAG